UUCUUCCGAGAUAUCUUCUCCGACCGAGACAUCUUCGGCGAACGGGAGAGGCGCCAAGAUGUCUUCGAGCGGCCGUCCAGGCUCUUCGACCAGCACUUCGGCGCUUCCAUGGCUCCUGAAGACGUGUCUGUCCCGAGCUCGUCCCUGUACAUGCGAUCCAGGAGGCCGCCGAAGGAGAGGUCGGGAGUGUCGCAGCUCUCACAGGAUCAGGACAAGUUCAUGAUGUGCCUGGACGUGCAGCAGUUCACGCCCGACGAACUGAAGGUGCGGGUGGUCGAGGGCGUGGUGGAGGUCGAGGGGAAGCACGAGGAGAGGGCGGACGAGCACGGGUCCAUCUCGAGGCAUUUCCUCAGGAAGUACCGCCUACCUGAAGACGUGAUGAUGGACAUGGUCGGCUCGACUCUCUCGCCUGACGGAGUGUUGACGAUCGAGGCGCCUAAGAAGGUUCGUGACUGAGUACCUCCCGGUGGACUGGAGGGAAGGGAGGAAUAAAAUAAGCUGGAGCCCCCGCCCCCCUCCCAGCGUGACGUGCCCAUCAAGAAGAGCGAUGACAAGGCAUAAAGACCGCCCGUGUGAUGAUAUGGUGAUGUGGUGGUGAUGCUUUGUCUUUGGGGAUUAUUAAUGAGCUAUUUGUUUUGUUUCUGGUGUGUUUUGGUUUCGAAAAAAGGGGGGUUUGUGCUUGUCUUUUUUUCUUUCUUUCUUUCUUUCUGUGUGUAUUAUGAUCUCGGUUGUUUUGUUUUUUCUUCCUAUUUCUUCGCUUAUUCUUAUGAUUAUUCGACUUUUUCUUUCAUCUGCUUUACUACGGUGUCACGCUCUCGGCUCUUUGGCUUAACCUUACUCCUGCGCCUUACAUGUAGGCCUACCCAACAUUUAAAAAAAAAAACGCUUUUUAAGUAUCGAUUAUCUUAUCAAUACGACUGAUACAGAUCUUUCGUUUCCCGGAACUGGUACUUUACACACAAAUUACACUAUUUUGCAAGUUUUGAUUUGUUUUCUAAAUUACAGUCAUGUAUGUAAGGUGCAGGUUUCUGUUCGAUUUCCAUUUUGUUGAAAGCACACUAACUUAUUUUCGUCGUGUGUUUUUUUCCGUAUUCUUUCUAUAUCUGUAAUACUUUUGCUUAUUUCUGGGUUUUCUUAUUCGUAUAAUAUUACUAUAUCCGUCACCGAAUCACCCCAUGACUGUAUCCUCGUGGUUUGUCAAAUAAAAAGAAAAGUCAUAAUUUCAAGACAUUAAGAUCUGCCAAAUCUAUUUUGAGAAAUUAUAAAACAAAGUCGUUGGAGAAAGCAGCAAUUCUAACGAAAUAAUGUCACAGAAAUUCUAAAUAUGUGUAAAAGGAAGUACUAAGUGUCAGCUGAUUAGGGAAAAAAUGAUUUGGUUAAUCAAAGUACUCCAGAGUCAGGGUGAGUUGCCAGUUUUUGUUUUUUUCUAAAGCUGCGGACAUUCAAGUGCUUCGUAAGUAAAAAAAAAAAAAAAAGAAUAGCUAGUUUGUAAUUUUUGCCUUACACUUUAUUCCUCAUUUUAUCUGUGUGCUGCCAAAGGGCUUAAUUACUUACCGGUCUUCAUAUCGUUAUAAUUUAAGUUAUUCGAAUUAUUUAAUCGAUUCUCUACUACCUAUUCUCCUUUACAACAUAGUUAACCAGUAAAUAGAAUUAUUAUCCAUUUACCUAGAUAGGUGUAAUAUUACUCAACCUAACUGCUAGCUACGAUCAUCUGUUCAAGCAAAAUAUAUGAAUUUACCAAUGAUGUCUCGCUAAUGUAUACUCCAAUAAACUGUAACUAGA